AUGUAUCCCUACGGACCGCAGCAGAAGGACAAUGAAUUUGGUCUGGACGAUUCUCCUUACUACUACUACUACUACUCCUACCGCUGUGGGAAGAUCCAAACAGACUGGACUGGAAUUCCGUUUUUCUCUGAGAGGCAUUACAAGCUAUAUGUGAGUAAAAAGUUUAAUUAAGAUGUAAUAAUCGACUUUUUCUAAGAAAAUUGUAGACAGGUGAGCUAAGGGAACAGAUGUUUUUUAAAUUCUCAAAAGGAGGGUAACUUUCGUUUUAUGCCAAAAACGCGUAAAGAUCCCUGGACUGCUUGUACAAUACCACACGCAAUAACGUAUGUAACCUAAACUUUCUGUGAUAUGCUGCCUUUUUGGCUCUUCAUCGGGCCCCUUUCUGUAGUGCAUCUUUUUUCUUUCUAUAAAGUUAAUGUAGGGAGGGUUUAAUGGCAAAUAGACUUUCCGUGGAGGAAUGACGUGCCCUUGCUGCGGUAGAGAAAUAAUGAGAAAAGGAGGACCACUCUCCAAAUCUUUGCUAAAAUUUUUCUCCGUGAAUUACCUUUACAGUUCCACAAAUGCAUAAGAGUCCAAAGGCGGAUCGGAAACAUGUUUUUUUUUUUCUUAACGGAUUUAUUUUGUUUCUCUUUUAGAUUUUUUUUAUGAUCAAUCUGCUUGUAGCUAACGCUGACACAGUACUUGGCCAAAAUGUUUCACCAGGGCGUUACUCAUCCAGAAACUAUGCCGAGGCUACUGUUUAAAUAUUGUAAAAUUUGACAUCUUUGUUUUCCUCUUUUAUUAGAUUUGUCGAAAUGGUAUGAUUCAGUUGAAUUAUGAUUGGAGCUGGUGGUGGCCUCGUAAAUUUGGUGUCUACUGGUGGUUUAGAAACAUGGGUAUUAUUGCGCCCUUUUGGGCCACAACUGAUACUUAUUUUGCAUUCAGAUACAAUCAUUCAAAGGUGUAUUAUCAAGUGUACAACCAAACGCACGAAAAGUCAAAUGAAACUCUGGCUAUGGCUUCAGAACAUGUAAAGAGCUACACCGGAGGAUUUAACGACUUUGAAGCCACUUGGGUCCUGGUUGUGACGUGGGAAAAGCUCUGUCCCUACGCUUAUUAUCCAUACUACUAUUACUACCAAAAUAUCAACGAGAAGGAUUUUCAGUUGAAGUGUUCGCGAGUAAGCAUUUACACUUUUUUAAUUAUCAUAACUCAAAGAUAACCAUAUAGGUUAGUGACAUAUAGUUGCUAACUAUCAAUUGGACCCUACAGAGUCUGAAUUGUUGAUUUGACGACUGCGUUAAAUCCUGGACAAGCACAAAAAAUGCGAAAAACAGCAGGGAUUUUCAUUUAAUUCUCUCUUAUUGUCUUUUAUUUGUCGGCUCGGCGAGAGUUCGAACCGGGCUGAGGAAAGAUUGACCAUACUUUACAGAUUUUUUAACAAUCGAACAUCAAGAGACGAAAAUUUGCCUGCCAACAUUUAGGAGAAAAUUGCAAGUUAUUUUAAGUAACAAUCCCGAUAACUCUCUAAUCCAUACUCCACUUAAUUCCUUAACAUUAUCAACCCAGAAGUGAUGACUGUACGUAUGAGUCAUGAAGUAUAACGUAGUGUAUUAACUUGACUUGCUGCAUUCAUGGUAAAAAUACAUCUAUCAGGAAAUAUUUAGAUCUAGUUCAAAAUAUCAAAAUCCGAAGAGUUUCUACGUUUUUAUUGUUUUCCAGAGUAAUACAUUCCAAGCUGUCCUGAUAACGAAUGGAUUUAACACAUUCUUGAUGUAUAAUUAUCCCUAUGGAGGAAUUCAGUGGGUGGUCGACGCAGAUCCGUAAGUUUCCUAAGUCCCUAAUUGAAAAUCAAAUUCAGAAUAUAAAAACAUAUAUUAAAUUGCUUAUCAGGUAAACCCGAAAUAACUUUAAACUUUGUCUGACAUUAGUAGGUCCCACUAGCAUUCUUUGGUAUUUAUGCCUGACACAUCCAUUGAGACUACACUAUGGUCUUUUUUCAUGAUUUCUUGGUUUCAAAUUGGUUUACCAAUUCUUCCUAUUAACCAUCUGCACUCUUUAUCAAGAGCUGCAAUAUGAAAUUAAUUAAAGGGCUUAAGAAUUGCUUUCGAUUAGAAGAAAAAAUUGGAAUGUGUAAUAGUUUGCGAUGAAAGAAAGUGCAUCGCCGAAGAACCAGAAAUUCAUGAGACCAGGAAAGACAGUUGAGAGAAAUACGUAACAGUAAGGAUUUUCACGAACAUUUGCAGGAAUAACUACCGUUACUGGACGAGCUACUAUGGUCUUCCUGUUGCUGGCUGGAACGCAGGGAACGGUGGCGAAAAUUAUUUCAAUAUAAAAGGGUAAGAUGAAUCGAAUUUGACAAACAAUUGCAAUCAGUCAAUGGCGUUUGAAAAUACAAUGAAACAGCAUAAUUGGAACCCAAAAAUUCUUCCACAAAGGCAACUGAUUUGAAAGGGCCAGGUUAGCAGCCAAAAGCUGGGAAUUUUCAUCCAGGUGACCAACUCGAAAAGGAUUAUGUUUACGCGUAAAAUUUUCUCGACGAUUCUUUAAAAUUUUUAAUUUGUCAAAACAGUAACCAAUCGCUGCUCAGAUUCACUUUCACGUGACAUGUUACUGAGGCAACAAUACUAUAUUCAACAUGGCGUCCGAAGGCCGAAUCCCUGAGUUUACUAAUUCAAUUGUUUUCGAUUGGAACUUGUGAUCGUGACUUAAAUUGUACAAACGGAAAGGUAAAAUUUCGAGCUGUUUUAGAUUUGAAAAAUACGAUGGCUUCGUCUUCUUUUUUCUAAAUCUCAAUCGUUUCCAUUUGUAUUAUUUUGCUUUCUUGGCGGACAGCGAAGCCCCAGGUUCUUCAACGCUCGUCUCGGUACGUUCCAAAUAUAAAUCUAUGCGAAAAAAAAGUUUAUUUUAACUGAUACGGUCACUUCGCAAGUGAAUCGUCCAAAUAACAAACGGCUUUAGCCCAUCGGUGAAAAGAAGGAUGAAAUCAUGGCGUGUUUCCAAUCGUGUAAAAUGGGAGGGUCGCUUUGAAUAAAAGCUUCUCGAAACAUGUAAGAAGUUGGAAAUCCGUACUGCUACGCACUUAACGUACCUCCGCGGCCGCUUCCACUCCAUCCUCUUCCAUUUCUGAUUUGACCAGUGAAAGCCUUCUCUCCACUUCUCCGAGAUAUUCCUCGCUCCAACACGGCGAACGCCAAGCCUCAAGGUAGAUUAUGGAAGCGCAAAUUGAAACCCAUUUUGGACCAGGAAUACGUAAGUCGAGACGAAAAAUACAAACACAAUGUUGAACCCAUUACUGAACCAGCAUUGAACCUAUUACUGACACAGCAGAGCGAAGAGACAAUAUGUCUCCUUCACUUGCAAACGUGCUAGGUCAUGCUCCAACUUACUGUCAUCAAGGAACACCAACAGAUAAUAAAAACAUUCUAAAACUUUCGAACUUUCGAACACUCCGUCCGAACAUGGAUAGACAUUGAGUAAACGUUUUGUUUCACUUUCGUUAACCCGACAGGGACAUUCUAUAAGGUCUUAGGACACUUUCUUAUAACACUUCGCAUAGUAUCAGAGUAGUAUCUUUUUUGUAGAAAGGGGGAUGUGUGAUUGACACUUCCCAAUAUGGUAAUGCCAUGUGCUUCAAUGAUUGCUCCUUGAAUGUGAGUGAAUCGGUAGAAAGGAAGCCCAAAAAUAAAACCUUUACAAAACGCAACACACACCAUGCACUUUUUUCAUGCAGUUUGUAUCACAAUGAUUAACAGUUGCAUUGAACGAAAAAGAUUGAGGAAUACGACAAAUAAUAAUGAAUAAACGGCGAACAUUUUGCAUUGGGUACGAAAAUCUUUGAUUGCCGAAAUUCUCGCCAUGUUGUGACGUCACGUGGUUAUCAAAUCUAAUAACCAUCCCGAACUGUUUGCCAAUUCAGGGAAUUUUCAUCCACCUAUUGUAAUUGGUACAGAUGGGUGUAAAUUUAAUCUGAAAUCUGUUACAGAACCCCAAAAAUCAUUGUACAUAUAAUUGCUAUCAGUAUAAUAAAUCUAUUGGCGUUUUAUCACGAGUGAUGCAAUCUAAUUGGCUAUAUUACUCGUCAUCUAUUCUAUUAUAGUUAGCGAGAAAAGAAGGUAGACUAAAUUUUGAUUUACUUGUCUUAUUAUUAAUAAAAAAGUUACGCCUUUCUUUUUGUUAAGUUUUGAAUAACCAUUAAAUCUAUGCAAUAAUAAUUAAAUGGACAAUCUGAUUAAGCCUUUGAACUAAUGUAUUUCUUUUUUAUUCCAAGCUUUCACCGAUCUGUAGUAUCAGACAUUCCCUGACGAUGCCGUGCAUCGGCGAAAGCUUUGAACAAAAAAUAAAUACAGUAGCUGAAGGCCUCAAUCGAAUCAUCCAUUUAAUCAACAUGCUACAGAAGGACAACUUCAAACGUUUAAUAACUAUUAAUUUAUUCGCUAUUGAUUUCUGUGCGCGAAAGAUCAUUCGAAUCUUGUCCUCACUCACUGCGAACCGAUAGAAAUCUCGACCCUAUAUUCUAAUUACUAAAAAUGACGAUAGCGAAAGAUUGUUUUUGAGUGAAAUGUUUGUGAUUGUAGUUCUGGUACAUUUGGAAUGUAUGACCUCGAUAAGAAGGAAGGAAACACGGGUGUGCAGGGAAGAUACUUUUGGAGAAUUGAAAACAGCGAUGGAGAAGGUGCACUGGAGAAAUGCUUUAGUUGGGCCAUACUUAAUGAACACCUGAGAUUCCGUUACUGGUAUAAACGACUCAUAGAAUCAGACCGGGAAAUGGCUUGCCCUUGUACUGGGUGGCAGGCGUGGUUUGAUUGGGGGCGAUUCAGAUGGAGUUGGUGGAACUCAUGGCCAGAUUGGUGUUUUGAUUCCAGAAGAUCCAGGUUCUUUUAUCUCUACACCAGGAGUACUGGACUAGUUGGUGUUUCAAUGAGACAACAAUGCUGUUACUCCACGCAAUGGGAAGACUGGGGCUCUCUCAAGCAGGGACCUCCUGAUGGUGGACGAGUAAAAGUGACACUUUACUAUUACUGGUACAAUCGCGUUCAAACCUUUUACACAGACGAAGAGGCUUACCAGUAUUGCUGUGUGGAUUUACCUUUCUGCCAUUUGUUCUAUGCUUAUCGUCCGUCUGAUAGCUGCUCGCUCUAUAGGCCUCCAAUCAGACGUAAGUUUUGCAUAAUGUUAGUUGUAUCAAAGAUGUACGAAACGUUGUUGUACCAUUUAGUUUUUGUUAAUUUAAGCCACGGGUCAUAUAAAAUUAUAUUGGAAUUAAAGGUUACCUUUCGUAACUGUUAGAUAUUGGAGAGUUGUCUAGUAAGAGCUUUUUCAACUUUUCCUCCUGGGCUCAAACCACUUGUUCUAUAUAGUUCAGAUUCUUUGCAACACAAACAAACUGAGGGGAGUGUUUCUCUUUUAAUACAGGAUGGUUCUGGGGUGAUCCGCAUAUCAAGACACUGGACGGUGGGAAUUACACGUUUAACGGUCUUGGUGAAUACACUAUGGUGGAUGCAGAAAAUGGAACAUUUAAUCUUCAGGCCAGAACAAAACUUGCUCAAGGAAAUUCAACCACAGCAACAAUCUUCUCAGCAGGAGCUGCUAAAGAAAAAAACUCGAGCACCAUCGAGGUUCGAGUGAAAGACGGAGGUGAGAAUGCUAUGAAGAGUUUUUCAUUCAGGAAAAAGCCUCUAAAGGGGUAAUAUUACAAAAAAAACUGUUGUAUUGUGUCGUUGGGGAGUUUAAUAAGGAAAAUUUGGUUUUAUCAUCUGAAUUGAUGAUGUAAAUCGACCACCGCAAAGAGUUUCUUAAGGUAGUGUUCAAUUUAGAAUCAAUAGAAUCCAACUCUUGCUAUUUAAUUUUGUUAGGUGGCCUCCAUAUAUUGAUUGACAGUACACCCUAUAAUGGCUACAACAAUUUAACGAAUCGAACUGUGGAGGUUGGUGGAAAUCUUUCCAUCUCAAAACCAGAGGAAAACUGUUUACAAGUUUCUUUUCCGUCAACAUCAUCAGUACAGUUCUGCGAGAAUAAGGAAAUGAUGUCGUUUGUUGUAACUCUUGGUGAUGUCUUAAAAAACGCCACAAAAGGAUUGCUGGGAACAUGGAACGAUGACCCUAACGAUGACUUUACUUUGCCGAACGGGACGGUUUUGCCAUCGACGUCAUCAUUAAAAGAGAUUCACUACGGAUUUGGAGUCAAAUGUAAGUACCAUAUUAUAUAAUAUGAAACGCAUUAAACUUCCUCACAGCAAAUAUGGCAAAUGCUAAGGAUCGAGGAUUGAUCCUUGUGUUUUGGCUCUUAGCGUUUGUACGUACUGCUAUGUGGCGUGUGACCGUCUCUUGUUAUUGUAUUGUUGCUCGCCUUGCAAGUAAGGACAAUGCCUUUUAAAAGAGAUCUUGCAAAUGCAGAAGACAUUAGUCUCACAGAAUAUAAAUGAUUACCAGAGAGCAGUCGCCACUCUUAGGAAAGAGAAAAGUUACCAGAAAGCAACCGUUUAUCUACCACGCUGUAUAAUUAAAUGUGAGAAAGUUUGGCGGUAAAAUUAAGAAACAAAUGAAAAAUGGAAAUAGAAGCUUGUUCUAUUAGUCAUAUAGGCAGGUUAAGGGAGGAUAUAUUUUUCGGUCCGUUUUAACUUUACUAGUCUUACUUUAAAAUAAUUUCGUAUCUUUUAAAUUUAUCUUACCCAUUCUUGCCUUACUUGACAAUUAAUCGCCGAAGGCAAAGUGAACAUUGUUGAAUAAUCUCCGAGACAAAGCCGAGGGGAAUAUUCAACAAUAAUUACCGAGCCUGUUUAUAUAGAGAAUGCAUUGAGCAUAUUUUGGUACAAUCGUGAUGAGUACUCGUAUCAGGAUAAGCAAGGAGUUUAGCAAGUUUACUCAACUUGAGUAAACUUGCUAAUUAAAUCAGCAAAAACUUCAUAUCUUUCUUUUGAAAAGUUUUCUGCCUAACUCAGUAGCUCUUCGCAAUUGAAUUUUUUGCUAUCGCGUAUAUCACUUCCUCGGAAACAUUGACAAAAUGCGAGACAGCCCCUUUAAAGUCUAGCGCCCCUGCCAUAAUCACUUCGCAGAAGGUGAUUAUAGCGAGACAUGACGCAAUUCUCGACCAAUCAGAGCGCUCCCAUCUCUAUAAUUACCUGAGCAAUUAUACUGAUUAAUGAUAAUAUCUUCUAGGGCAAAUCAACCAAUCCCAGUCUCUUUUCACUUAUGCUGAUAAUGAAAGCGUGGCCACUUAUUCGGACCCUGAAUUUGAGCCCAUGUUUGCUGAUAACAUCAAGUGGCAUAAUGACAGUCUAAAACAGAAAGCUGAAGCACAAUGUGGAGAUGAUCACGAAUGUCUGUUUGACGUGGCUUCCACAAAAGACUUGUCUAUUGGUUCGGCAACCAAAGAAAUUAGCGUUCAGCUGGUGAAUGACACGAAAAAACUCAGUGAGUAAAUUAACCAGUUUUUGUUUUCUUUUGGUUUUUUACAUUUCUUUCUUCAUUCAUAAUGUCCCUUAGAAAGAGAAAAAUGAGCUCCUGUCAUCCACUACAACAAUAUGGAGAAGAAAACAGAGUGAUCUUCAAACUGAUCUUAAUUAAGUUAAUGACCUUAUGGUCUUUCGGCCUGCACUGGAUUAAGAAACCUACAUUCUUAAAGAUAUUAAGCGAAAAACAUUUUCUCUGCCUUCACAGACAACUUUCCACCCAAGAUAGUAAACACUUCCGAAAUAAUAAACGUCACACUUCACGAAAUAGUUGAACUGAAUAUAACAGCUGUGGACGAUGGCACUAUCACUUUUCGAGUGAUUAACAAACCUGUGGGAGCCACUUGGAACCAAACUGGGGCUGUUCUGUUAUUUUACUGGAAUGCUACUUCAUCAAAGAAGGUAUAAGCUAUGAUCCCAAACCUUCUCCCUGGAUCAAGCAGUCAUCUCUUAAUUAUUUUAUAAGCAUAAUUAGAGUUAUUCUACAGUCACAAGAAAUAAUGUUUAGUUACUGAUAUAACCAAUUAGAAAUACAUCGGAAAAGAUCGGAGAAGAAGUCAAAAUUACUCUUAUAACUGAAGAAACUCAAGGCAAAAUAUAUCGUACUGUCAUAAAAUACUUCAUAAACUUGAAAUAAAAAAUACUAUCUUUUUAAGAUAGAGAGGUAGAUGAAAAAAUAAAUCAAUAGAAAGUUAUAUAACUAAAAAAGUGAUUUUUAAUCACUUAUUUAGUAUGUAUUUAAAAAUGCAUACCUAAGCAAAAACGUAGAUAUCAUUCUUACUUUUACAAUCAUAUCGAAACAUUUUCUAUUACCUAGGAAAACGUUGCGAAGUUAUUAACUCUGAACGACGAAUGGUCAUAUUUCCAUUUUCGUAGGGGCCUGACCCAACAAUUCUUACAUAUUCGAAAGAAGCCAGAGCAGACCUACAUGAAAAACGGCUCAAAGGCUUCUCAUACAUAACUGCAAGAGAACAUAAACAGUUCAAAAUCUCUCGGUAACUGUAGUAAUUUUUGCUGAACGUACGGCACUUAAAGUGAGAAUUUGAUGGUUGAAAAUGGUCGUGGCUGAAAAACAAAAACAAAGCUUAAAAACGUUCAUAAAAUAAGUUUUUUCCCUCGUAGUUCAGCCUGACUUUCGUUGCUGUUGACGACCAAGAUGCCAGCGCCAUUUGGAGUCCGAUCAUCAAAAUGUGCGCCUGCCAACAUGAUGGUCAGUGCGUGGAACCAGAAGAAGGCGACGCAAAUAAUACUGACAGCAAGUUUAUAUACAUGGGCUGUGAAUGUCAGGGAGGUUACACAGGGAGGUUCUGUGACAGGGACAUUGAUGCCUGCGAAGUGAAUGGUCAGCCGUGCUACGCGGGAGUUGAUUGCACUGAUCUUCCUCCACCAGCUAAUUCCACUGGAUAUGAAUGUGGACCCUGUCCAUCAGGGUACAACGGUGAUGGAGCUCAGUGUGUAGGUGGGUUGGCAUGUGGAUGAUUUGGCAGGAAGAGCUUGAGGUUUAUCGAAUGCAACUAAAGGAUACGGCAGAUCAGAGCACAACAGUAGGUCUUUCAGAGUACAAUCCUUGUUUCGACCAAAAACGAACAAAAUCUCAAGCAAAACAAGAGGAAAUUUCUUUUUCAUUUAUGGGUCGAACCAGAACUUCUAAAAUUUUGUUUGCGGGGUUUAACAUUUUCAUUUUCAGUACUCUUAGUUUUCAACAGAAUCUUUUUGUACUAUUUAUAUGUUCCUUAGCAUUAGCCAUGCACGAUUGAAUGAGCGAAAAUUUCAGAAGCUAUCUAUAAAACUAAUUUGACUGUAAAUUGUACUGAAGAGGCCUAAUACUAAAUUACCAAUUUUGUGCAAUUUUCAUUAGAUAUCGACGAAUGCCAAAGUAACCCGUGCAAGCAGAAAUGUGUUAAUGUUCCAGCUUCUUUUUUCUGUGAUUGUGACAAUGGAUACAAGCUGAACGAUGACGGGCGCAGCUGUGGUGGUAAAAAAGUCAAAUUAGAUAUUGUAGCGCUAAUCAACAGACUGAUUUGAAUGGGUACUUUGGUUGGCUAUUCUGAAGCAAAGCAGUUACUAUCAUAAAUGUUCUAUCCGUUAAGUAAUGAAAUUUGUAACUAGACCGCAGUCUAUGAGAUCAUUGCAUCUCGAUACCUGCCGAACGAGUUCUCCCGGUUUCCAGUUACCAUAAUCAUAUGCGCCAAGAUCGCGACGAUCGAGCCAAUCCCGCCUCGUUUCGUGCGGUAUCAGUAUAAGUCAUUACGAGGCCUUUUUUCCAGGUACUGAAUGUAAAUCCUGUUAGAAAUCUCCACUUGAUCAAGGCACCCACAGCAUCGGAAAAAAAUACUUUGCAGCACUCUGUUGCAAACAUUUAGAUUUUUUGCCUCCCAAAACAAGAAGCUGUUCAGACUAUAAAUUACAUUCUAUGAAAAAUCUAUUUAAAGCACGCCCUCUCUUCGGUAUUAAGAAGGGCUUUCCUUCUAAUGUUUGCAGUAUAUAAUUCACAGGCGAAGAGUCGUUUUGGCGGAUAUUCUGAAUAUAAAAUAUCAUCGUUUUCAUGCUCAAUAGCAACAUCAAUAGAAUUAUUAUUAACUUUUUCCCUACAAAACAGAGUUUUGCAACGGCAACAACUGAUAAUGAGUACCAUUUAUUUCUCUUAGAUAUUAAUGAAUGCCUUCCGACUAAUGACUGUAUGCAGAAAUGCAAUAAUAGUGUGGGAAGUUAUAACUGUUCAUGUGACGAAUAUUUUAAAACUGACCCAACUGAUUGGAGGAAGUGUGUUGGUAAGUGGUUCAUUUCUGAGGACUAAAAAUAUAGCUAUUCAUUGUUUAUGCGAAUGCCAACAGGUAAGGACUUAUUUUCCGGGGAAGUUUUUUUCUUUUAGGCAGGAAAUGUGCUCACUAACCACGUAUGCUUAUCAGAUAACAUUGAAUGGUAACAGAAAUGUCUGUGUUAUCAAACGGAAAAGUUGAUAGCUUAGUUCCCUAGCUAUAGCAACGUCGUAAAUACGCGCAGUCCUUUUCUACUAAAGAAAUAAAGAGGAAUCCAGCCAAUUCAAGCAAGAGGAGGACCUUUAUACGAAUACUCCACGUGGUACAUUCUCCAGAACCGUGAAAUAAUUUAUUUAUAAAAUUCUGUCAAAAUAAAGGAUUACAGGAUAAACUUGAAAUUUAAGGAGUUAAAAAAGAUGACUAUCAUUCUUCACAAUUUCCUUUCACCAAACCGAAAUAACAACAAUGACAUGCCUGACCUCUUACCUGUAUUAUUUCCAAUGACUUUCUCUCACAGCUAAAAACCCAUGUACUUCUGAUUAUGGCUGCAGUCAUGUUUGCUUUACGGGAAGCAGCGGGAGAGCAACUUGUGCUUGUUAUGCUAAUUUCGAGCUGCAAAGUGAUGGAAAGACAUGUAAAGGUAUCUUUAAGAUCUUUUAUUCAUUGAACAUCUCUGGAACUAAAAUGAUGAAAAUGGCUUCAUAAUCGAGGAACUUUAGGAUUAACAAUGUUCAAUUUUGUCUCAAUCGAGCCAGUUAUUGCUUAAUUUCCUCUAAUUUACAUUAUGUAAUAUGCAUGCUUUGUUUCACCUGCUAUGCAAGUCUGGACACGUAUGAAAAAGGCGCUGUAGCUCAUUUCUGUCAUUAGAAAAUGUAAGCACUUCCAACAAAUACAUUUGUUUCCUAUUGCUAAGUUAUUAUUUUCUUCUAUCUCUGUAUAGACAUCAAUGAAUGUGAUCCAGCUAAAGAGCUCCAUCGUUGCAGUCAGACUUGUAUAAAUACCGAAGGAAGUUAUAACUGUUCAUGUACGGAAGGUUAUGAGUUGAAGAAAGACGGCUAUGAGUGUGAAGGUAAUUGUUCGCACUCUGCGACUUACCCAUAUCAGAUUGAACAUGAUUCGCAGUCACCACUUCUGCCAGAAGGUUCCUCGUCUCUGCUUCGUAUCAUUUAUACCUUAAACUUUCCUUAAUCAAAUAUCGAUCCUUUACAGCAACUGCUAUACAUUUCUUGUUAUUUUUGUUCUUUGAAUUUGUUGUUAAAUCAAAAGAUAUCCCUCAAUUGCUAUUUUUCUUUCUUUCCAUUAGCUUUCUGCUCGAAAAUGUAUUGAAACUGUGAAGAGAAAUUCAUCUUCGGUCACUCUUAGAAGCGAAAGGCGGAUUGAAUUAUUCAUACUAUACCCGCUUUAAGGCUCACCAGUUCAUUAAGGUUAUCUCUUACACGUGUUUUCCGCUUUACUCAAUUACGAUCACACAUAAAUGGGUUCUUUAUUUGAAUUGCUAAUAAUUUCAUCACGAUUUUUUUACCAAGAUAUCAAUGAAUGUCUGAAUGAUGACUUGUACAGUUGCACGGAUGAUUUCCACAAGUGCGUCAACACUCGGGGCUCUUACAAGUGUGAAUGUGAACAAGACUUGUACUUCAUUGAUGGAAAAUGCCAAGGUAACCAAUUGCUAUUUAGAAAGAGACACACUUUCAUCUCUCUAAGAGAAAGAUGUUAACGCAAUACAUAUCUGACCACCGGAUUUUGGAAGGACUGCAUAAUGUAUAAACAAGAACCUAUAUCUGGCUAUCCUCUCUCUAUUUGAAUGAACUCUCUUAGAUUUUAUCGCAUUGGACUCAAGUAUUGAGAACUGGGGAGUGACACUUACUCAGUUCUGGCUCCGGUAUAUGCAGUCACAUGAUGCAUUUAUACAAAUCGUACGUGAACUAGAAUUACACGACACGAGGAAAGCACGCAACUAUUUUAUUAGUAAGAAUCGAAAUAUGUAGUUUAAGAGGCUAGAUCAGCGUAAAUUAGGACACAAAUUAGCUGAAUUUGUCCAUUUAUUCAGUUUAUCGUACAAUUUUUUGUAACCAUCUAGGUUUGGAGAAAAAUCAUGAACCCCCCAAGCAACCACCGCCUAAACCAAAGAACGCAUCAGAAAACGAAAAGGAACAGGCUGUUCAGUUUUCAAUUCCAAGUCGGGUAGGUAACUUUAUUUGUUCGACAACGAUAUCAUAGUCAAGAAGUCGCAGGAAAACACAAUACACAAGAUGUGCAUAUAUUACACUUACAAUGAAGUUCGAGUAUAACGCGUGCUGUCAUAGGUUGUGAUGGCAAACAAGGAAGUGAAGAACUCGAGGGGUGGCUGAAGAAUUUGAGGGAAAACCUCGAAGAGCUCGCUCUGAUAUCCUUUAAGAUGCGUUCAGUGGAAGGCCACAUCAGUCAGAGCAGCCGAGUUUUACGUCGCUGUCAUCACGAGCAAUCUUCAUGUUCCUGUGAAUUCGGCUGUCGUCCAUUUAUAAAACACACGCCCUCAGUAGUUUGUUUUCUUACUGUCAUGUGAAAAAAAUUUGCGCGUUUUUAUGAACCACAAUUUGGCCGGAUUUUACUGAACAUUUAACUUUCAAAUUCUGUAGAUAUAUGAAAAUCACAUAUGUGCACUGCAGUGAAGAAAAAGCAGAAGUGUUUACUCGCCUUCGGCCAGUGCUUCUCCGCGCUUCCCGCGUUUUCUUAAAAAUUCCCGCGUGCUUAUGCAACUCAACAAUGCACUCGGCGCCAUUUUUAGUUCUUUAAUAACUUGUCGUCACUGUCGUUCGCUUUGUAUAGGUAAUCACAUGAUUUCGAGUGCAAUUUGGAAGUAAGCACAAUUUGGAAGUAAGCACAAGUAAAUUUUUUCAAAGAUUAACAAAAUUGCACGAGCCCGUAGGGUAAGUGCAAUUUGCGGUCUUUGAGAAAAUUAACAAGAGCUUAUUUAUUCCACAUUGCACGUAAUUACGUAUUAAUAAUAUACAUGAAAAAAUACGAGAUAGCUCAUCACAAUUAUGCAAAAGCAAAGCGCGCACGUUAAGUGCAAAAAUAGUUUAUCACAUAAACUGUCGAUUUUGGCCGUUUACCUGAAAGACUUCUUCUGUCAGUAAGGACAAAGUCAAUAAAUGAGAAUUUUGUAAAUUGAAAAUUACGACCAUCUUUGAUUUUGUAACUAUGAUUCAACGCAUUUUUCCAUCUUAAGAGUUAGCGCCAACGCACUUUACGAUUGUUAUUCGGGGAUUGUCGAUUCAUUUAUUUUCAUUCAUUGAUGAAGUCGGCUUUUCUUGUCAGGAAAGGGCUAUUGUGUUUAUAUGAUAAACAAAAUAAGACAUGGUUGCUUGUAGAUAUGGAAUUUCUCUUCUUGUGUUCAACUCGACAUCUCACUCAUUCGCUGCGCUCACUCGUGAGCUAUCGAGUUAAACACUCGAAGAGAAAUUCCAUAUCUACGCGCGCCCAUGUAUUAUUCUCUAUUUAUUCAAACCAUUCGUUCGGUCAAAACAACUGCGUACGAUCAAAACACAAGUAUACAAUGAUAUUUUCACAUCUUUAAGGCGCAAAAAAGUUCAAAGUCCGGCCAAACAGUUCAAGGAAUUGUUCAGUCUGUGUCCGAAUCCCUUUCAAUGAAAUGGAAUCGUCGUUUCCGAGGUUUAACCAUGUUUGUUUUUAAUUUCGGCGUAGGAUCAUUCGAGCAAGUGCUAAGGUGGGUCCGCUCGUAACUCUCGAUUUCCUUGGCAAUUCCCCUCUCUAAACACCACUUUUUCCAAACUGACAACCAAAAAAGAGUGCUUUUUACAGUGUUUUCAAUGUUAAAGCUGUUGUCCAGCUGCUGUAUUGUUGUUGCGGUGACACCAGCACAAAGUUCUCAGUGCUUCUGAUUAAAGUUUAGAAAGGAUUAGUUUGUUUUCUUUUAUAGGGCUCUUUCUGAACAAAACAUUGUCAUUACUAUCCACGUUUGCUUUGGCAGGCUGAAUGGGAUUUUAACAGAGACAAGUCUUUUAAAGAGGUUUUGGCGAGAGUCGCAUCAGAUUUCUGCAGUAAGAACAGGACAAAAUGUGGACUUAAAAAUUCACGACGGAAUAGGUAAGUGUUACGUGUGUCUAAGGUUUAAUUUUUUUUAUUGUUGCUGGUUUCGUUUGUUUUAUUGGUUUUUGGUUUGUUUGGUUCUGUCCGCUUUCCCUUUAUAUCUUUUCUUUUCUUGCUUCUAUUAUUAUUAUCAUCUAGAACUCAUCAUACAAAUAAAUUAAAAUCAUAAUCCUACAAACAUAUUCUUGGUAAAAAGAUCUUUUUGAUAUUGUUGAUAUUAAAGAAAUUAUCAUCUUUAUUCUUCUUCGUAAACAUUGUGCUUAAAAAAGGAGAAAGGAUAAGAUGCUGCGUGAAAACAAGUGACAAAAUUACUAUUAUUAUUUAUGGUUAUUAUCAUCGUUAUCUACUUUUUAAUUCAUUUUUUGUUUGUCUAGUUUUGGUUUGCUAACGUAAACGUGCUAACAUAUUUCAAUCUUAUUCGUUUGCUCUUUUCUCUUUCCAGACGUUCUCUUUACGACAUUUACACGGCUGACGAAGUUCAUCUUUUGCCUGGUUACCCCAAGAACUCAUCAGACUCUCUCCAGGUAGCAUUUUACGUAAAGCAGCCUGCUGGUGGUUUCAUCGGAAAUAACUCAGUUCUUCAUCGUGACACCUUGGUUGCCAUUAUAAUAGAUUACAAGAGUGACAUCGAGAAAGCCAUUGGAGCCAACAUCACUGAUAUAGAGACUUUAUUCAAACCCAGCACAACUACUGAGUCACCAACAGCGGGACCAGCUGAGCCAGCAGACGAUGAUUGGAAAUGGAUUGUUAUUGGUGUAGUUAUUGGUGUGGUUGUCAUCAUCAUCCUAAUUGGUUUGCUAAUAUUCUGGUAAGAUAUCAUUUCUAUAAAUUUGAAAUCACUUCCUCUAAGUUGCAAAGACAGGUUCCUUAACCCAUCACGCGGCUUGAAUAUAAUCAAAGGAUAAUGCCCGACGCAGAAUCUUAGUGUGGCUUCUAGGGUGACUAUGAGAUUUUGUGGAGAAUCUCUUGCUUAAAGGCUAUACCUCAUGAUACGCUAUUGAGCUAGAAAGGUUUGAUUUGUCCUUCAACACUUUGGAUUAAGAAUAAAAAUCUUAUCACGAAAACAAAAGUUGAUGAAUGUUUAACAAGAGCUUAGGAGGAAAAAGAUCUAAGUUCCCCUAUAAAAACCCAAAAUUAACACUUUCUGAUUUCCACCAUUGACUUAUGAGGAACUCAACGACGUGCUGAAAACACUUUAACAUGCCUAUUGACAACAAAAAUUAAGUUUAAAAAUUGUUUGUAUAAUCCUUGCUAUAAGUGCAUACGUGAAGGAAUAAAGGAGUUACAUCUCACCUUCAGUACGUUGACAUUUGAAAUAUUUGAUUUUAGCAUGAGGAAAAGAAAACGUGAUGUGAAACCUAUAACAGACCCUUCUCAGGAGGGUAUUGCUGCACAACAGUCAGGACUGAUGAAGGAAAACAGUUUUGAGAGUGGUUCCCACUCAGCAUAAUUGGUUGUUCAAAACGCAAUCCUGUUUUGUCGGUUAAUCUAUUUUGCGCCGACGACCGUUAAGAGUGUAUAACAUUGCGAGUAAAUAGAGGGCUAUGUUACAGUGUGUUAAUGACACAGCUCGUUAAAUUUUUCUCCUUUUUAGAAACGAGUUAACCUCGUUUGUAUCAGUUUUCUACUUAGAGCAAUGUAAGUUGUCGUAUUCUGCGUGUUUUCAAAUUCAUUUGGUGCAAACUGAAAGACGUUAAAACAGCCAGAAUGCUCUAAGUGACAAAUAUUUCAUUUAAACGUCAGUUAUGUCUAAUGGUCAAUACUCAAUGUAAUUAACAUAACGUGUGUGAUAUACCAAAAGGAUAAAAACACCCAUAAAAGUAAUAAGAUUUGUAUGUGAACGCAGACAGGUUUGCUACUCUCUCUAUACAGCUGGUGUUAGUGUUAUUGAAUUAAAUUAAUCUUGACAUUUGAUAUUGAUUAAUCCCUAUUAACACCAGCAAAACAUGGUUUGUUAAGCUAGUUUUUACUGUAUGAAAAUUAUAAACAGAGAACUGAAAAACUUAAUUUUCCGUAGGAUUCAAGUACUUACUAACUUGCAUUUCCAAUGUGCUACAUUUUAAGUCAAUAAAUAUUAGGUCAAACAGUUUCUACGAAGAAAAAAAUUAAACUAUGUUUAGCAAAACAACUUUAAAACAUGUUUAAGUUUAGGUGUGAAUUGGGUAAAGUCCACAAACACAAGCAUCACAUCAAGUCUGUAGGUAUAUGAGCACACAUUAAGUCAAGUCGUCUCGAUUAAGGCUGAGUGACCUCGCUCCUCAAUGUAAUCACAUCGUCUUUAGACUCAUUGACCCCUCCACUUCCUCUUAAGCCAUGUGAUCCCCCUCAAACUCCCCCCCCCUCUCCCAGGCGAUAAAUAAUGACUUUACUGGUCCGUAAGCGAACUAUUUUUUGACCUUAAUCCAAACUAUAUCAAAAUUCUCGAACGUGAUUGGUUAUCACCACCAAAAAAAUUUUUUUGAGCACUAGUUGGACAAUAUACGUGUCAUGCUUGUAAUAGGACAGUUAAAGGGACAGUUAAAGGGACAGUUAACGAAUGAUGUAUGUGUAAGUGGACAGAACAGGUCAUGUGCGCGUGCUGUUGUCUCGCGUUUUCCCGAGUUAAUCAUGUUAAUCACUCGUAUGAUUACAGACCGAAUUCGCUCGGUCCUAUUACCAUUAUUGAUUAUUUUUCUUUUUUUUAUGAAAACGUAUAACUAUGUCUAGUUCCAUUCUCACAUUUUGUCAUACUUUUGAUUAAUUGGUUCAAUUCUGUCUACAACUUUACUCGUGAUUAACAAAUCGGACUCCUCACGGUCGUCCGAUUUUGUAAAUCACUCGUAUGAUUAGAGACCGGAUUGGACUCCACUUGGUCAUAUUAAUUGCCAAUAUUUAUCCCUGCGCAAGGAAAAAAAAAAAAACUACACGACAACAGCAUUGACAAGCAUUGGCCUGCAACAGUAUUUUAAAUUUUUUUCCCUGAAAUUCGAUUAUUUAACACAUUUUUAGCCAACCAUAACGAACGUUUUAAGCAUUGUAUUUUGCGUUCUUGCAUGUAACUUGUCAAUAAAGUUUUGAUUUGUUUCCACAAGCCGUCUGCUAGUGCCUUCGUCGUGUUAUAGAACAAAUCACUUAAUGAAUGGUCCUUUGGAGAAUACCAUACUGUUUCCCU